AUGACCACGACAUCACUCAUAUUCAAUCUCCACUGCCACUCCUGCUGCCACAAAUAUAUCUCAAUGACGGAUUGCUCGAUCCUAUAUCUCGAUAAUGCUACACCUGCUCUCGAUUUGUCUACCGCAAUUCAGAUGAUUGAAAGCCUCAAAGAAUGGGCUAAAUUAGGAAAAAGAUCUUCAAUCGUAGGCUUACGUCAGGCUUCAGAUUCAUUAUAUUCUCGAUUCAAUAAGCUUCUCCUGCUCUAUUCAGAAAACCAGAUUUACUUUGGACCAAUCUCCGAGGCAGUGAAAUAUUUUGAAGAACUGGGCUUCGAACGAGCCAAAGCACCACCUGCAGCUGAUUUCCUCUGUGCAGUCACCGAUCCGGAGACUUGUCGCAUUCGAGACGGUUAUCAUGAUCGUGUACCCCGUACCCCGCUCGACUUUGUGAAGGCCUACAAGCACUCUAAGCAAUAUGAUACCCUUAAACAGGAGAUGAUUGAAUACGAGUCGCUCUAUCCUUCCUCCGGGCCGGCUCAUCACAUCUUACACGCCAAUCGCGCCAAGAAAGAUAGGUGGACACCUAAUUCCUCAUCAUAUACAGUCAAUUACUUCAGACAGGUAGCAUACCUUGUCUUACGGCAGUGGGCUUUGAUUCGAGCCGAUCUACAACCAUACACGACAAAGACAAUAGUGAAUGUAAUGCUGUCAUUCAUCAUUGGCUCCUUAUUCUAUCAACUUCCAGCUACCACUGAAGCAGCUUUUACCAGAGGAUCUGUCCUGUUCCUUUCAAUCCUGUUCAAUGGAUACCUUCAACUAUCAGAAUUGGCCAACACACUCGCUGGCCGUCCUAUAGUUCAACGACAUCGACGAUUUGGGUUCUAUUCUCCAGGUGCACUCGCAUUAGCUCGGACUAUUAGCGAUCUUCCUUUGAUUGCAUUUAAAGUUUCACUCUUUGGUUCCAUCACAUAUUUUAUGGCUGGUGUACAAGCUGAUAUCACGCACUUCCUAACAUACCUUUUGAUUGACCACGUUCUUGAACUAAUUCUGCUAUCGAUCACAGUUUAUGCUACGUCUCUUAAUUUAUCGGCCAUCUUUAGGAUGUUUGCGUCAUUAUCACCAUCAUUCGGCGAGGCAAUGAGAUAUCGUGGCAUCACGCUCUAA